GUCUGGAGGAGAAUGACGAGCAACUUGAACCAAGCGUUCCUGCAGGCCGCGUUGUCAGCGCGGGGUGCGGCACCUACGCUGACGCACAAGCAGCAGGUGACACGUCUGUACAAGCGCUCGCUGAAGCUCUUGGACAGCUGGGUAAUCGACCGCCGCCUCUGGAACGAAGAAGCGACGAAAAUUCGUGGCCAAUUUGACGACAACAAGCACACCGACCUCGCUGUCGCUCAACGGUUGAUCCGCGAAGCCAAUGCGCAGUUGGAAAAGUACACGCACCCCGACCCGUACGUAGUUGUGCACAUGCCAGGCGGUUCCAAGUUCAUGCGCAACCCGCCGUUGCCGUUGGAAGUGUGUUUCCCUGAUGGCAUUAUCCCCGACGAUGUCGAAGUGUCACCCGUCAAGGCUAUCAACAUCGAUACGACGCCGUACCGCGAAGACGAGCUCAAGGAAACUGUGUUGGUCGAUUUCACCACCAAGACCUCGUACUAAGUCACAGCGAAGGAAGAUGCCCUCCAUAUUGUGUGUAUGGCGUCAAGGAAUACGGUGUAAUGCUGAAUGCAAGGGUCCAUCGAGUGUCUUAUAUCACCAGUCACAACUGUCGGUGAGUUGAUCUCUAUCAUCCAGAUCUCGCGACGUCCUGACGCUUCGGUCAUGCUUACCAAGUUAACUCAUGAUUUCGAUGUCGUCGACAAAACCUA